AUGAGUGCGCAAGAAGGAGGAGCAGAGGGGGAUGAACCUGGCAUGGCAGUGGAGCCAGGCGAGGCAAAUGCGCCAUGUGGGGUAAGCACUCCUAUAAGGCCAGAGGAGGAUCCUCCAGACGAGCAACAGACAUACGAUGUCAUCAUCAUAGGAGGGGGCCUCUUCAGUUGUUGCCUGCACUAUUUUCUAAAGAAAAAAAAACCAGACAUAAGAAUCUUGAUAUUGGAAAAGGAGCAAACACUUGGAGGUUAUAUAAAAACAGAAUGCCUAGAACACCAAGGGAAGAAAUUCCUCUGCGAGUUGGGCCCAAAUAUUUUUAAAACAUCUGACGAGAGUUAUCAGCUGUUAAAAGAAUUAAACCUGUUAUCACACGUAAGGGUGCUAAAUAAAAAUCUACUAAGGUACGUAUACUCAGGUGGAAAACUACACCCCCUCCGUCUAAGUAUUUGGGGUUACUUUGCUUUCCCCCUUAUAAGUGCUAUCAAUAAAGUGAAACUAAUAUAUAAGAUUCUAUUCAAGAGGUACAAAAAAUUGACAGCCUACGAUGAGGACAUUAGUGUUGAAGGAUACAUGAGGGAGAAUUUCGAUUUACAACAUUUCAACUUUUUGUUACUACCUCUGAUUUAUGGAUCCUGUGGGGGCAUGGGCAACAUUUCAGCCAUCUCCUUUUUUUCGCGCAACCUCAAAUUGUUCGAUAAUAAACUGAACAAGUUACGCGUCUGGCAGGAGCGCAUGGAGCACCAGCGCGCAUGCCAACCGCCCGUGUGGGGGAGAGUAUCUGCAGUGGAUAGCCUAAGGGGAGGUGACGUUGACUCAGCCGCUCCUCUCCCCAACGAAGAAGAACCGCCAAACUUACAGAAACACAUAUCCAUAAACCAACAACACUCCUAUGCGCAAGGAAUGAAUCAGAAGCACGACUCCUCCUCCUGCUUCAACAACGUGUUGUACAGACUGGACACAUCCACCGGGGAUACCAUCGCGGGGGACUUAAUUGGCGAGUCGAACACAAUAAGCGAAACGACCGGCGACCACUCGAGUGGUAGUCACCAGAAUAACAACCCAGUGAAUGACAAAUUCACAACUAAACACCACGCAGGGAUGGACACCAAGAAGGGUCAGUGUGAUUUCGAGCACACACCCUUCGUAAAGCGAAUCUAUGAAAAGUGCAAAUGCGCCAUCCUGGACGCCAUGCUGUUGUUCAUUCCCCAGCUAGCCAAAGUGGGCUCCAUAGAAUAUGAGCAACAACAAAAAAAAAAAAUCUUAGGAAAAACCAUAUCCCUGAAAUAUGGCAUGUACGAAAUAAUUGACCAACUGAAAAAAAAUAUAAAUGAAAAAUAUGUGUGGACAAAUGAAGAAGUAGAUUUUGUUGAGAAGCACAACGAAGAUACUUGGGUGUGCACCAUCAAGAGAAAACAUGCAAGCAAAACCUCUUGUAUAUACGGGAGAAAUAUCAUCCUUACAGUGAACUCCAAAAUAUGCGCCAAUAUCAUGCGCAAAAUCUUGCCUCCAGAAAUGAAGGCCAAUCUUGUAAAUGUGCAAUACACAAGUAUCAUCAGCGUUACAGUGUAUUACCAUAAGAAGGAUAUAAUUCUACCGCCAAACUGUUUUGGAUUUUUGUCCGCGGAUAAGACGAAUCACAUUCUGGGGUGCUUCUACACGAGCAACAUGUUCAAGGAAAGAUGCAAUGACGACAGCAUUGUUGUAUUGACCCUCUACAUGGGGGGGAAGAACAACCCUAAUGAUGUAUACAUGGAGGAGAAAGAUAUAAUCAAAAUAAUCUCGGAGGAAUUGACAAAUAUAUUUCAUGUAGAGAACAAUGCCCAACCUGUUAUCCUCAAGAUGAAAAAGUGGUUUGACUCUAUCCCCUUCUAUUCACUCAACUACGAGAGGAAUUUGAAACGUUUUCUGAACGAGCUGAACAACCCUCAGUACCGGAACUUAUUUGUCGAUUCGGGUUGGAUUACGGGGACAUCCAUUUCUGACAGGAUUGCUUCGGCGAGGGACUUGUCGGAGUUUAUGGCUUCCAGCGUCUUCACUAUGAAGACGCAAUGCGCCAAUCCGGUGUUGGCAUAA